GCAGUGACGACUGUCGGCAGGUGAGCAGACGCAGGAGGAGACAGCUAUUGGUAAGAGGGGAAAGAAAAGAAAAAACAAACAUGACACGUUAAAACAAGGGAUGAGGCCGCUCGGGAGUAUCAGACGGUUUACGUUUUGGACGUUGUGUUGUUCAACAGAGCUGUUUGUGUGAAAUGCUUCUCUAAAUGUGUCGUGAGUGCAGGUUUUAUUUAGUUGUUUUUUCCUCAUGCUUCUCUGUUCUUUAGUCUUUUUUUGUUUGUUUUGUUUUUUAUAGUUAAUCACUGGAUUGCUCUUCAGCCCUAUUAAAACCUAAAACCAACAAAAACGCCCUGCGACAUUUGGUCGUGACUAGACAUUGUAGAAGUGCCAAGAAGUCAUAGAAGAGAAAUGCUGUUAGUAUUCCACAUUGAACCUUUUUGAGACGAUAUAAUUUAACUUCAGAAAGUAUCCAAGUGGAGAGUUGGGCCCUGAAGACAUUACCCCAAAAGUUACCCCCUAAACUUUCUUUGGAUCUGCACCUUUGAAAGCGCCUCAUCAAGUUGUGAAAUAAUCAAAUCAUUGAGGUGCAGGCAUAUUUCGCUGCUGUCGGACAAGAUGCAACGCCGCUCUCUGGCUUUUUUUCCCUCAGGAACAGCCGUCGGAGUCAUGGAGCAGCUCGUGCUCCUCCUGCUCGUGGCGGCGGAGGCGUCUUGCAGGACGCGCGGCGGCCGGUGCGAGCUGGGCUGCGACUGCAGCGGCGACCUCAAGUUCGCCAUCUGCUCCCGGGCACGCUUCACGCAGCUGCCCCGCCGAGUGGCCGCCGGCACGGAGCUCCUCGACCUGUCCGACAACCACAUCUCCGCCGUCCCCGCGCGCUCCUUCGGCGAGAGCCGCAGACUGCGCGUCCUCCUGCUGCAGAACAACAGCAUCAGCGCGGUGGCGGACGGCGGCUUCUCGCGCCUGGAGUUCCUGCAGAAGCUGGACCUGAGCUGGAACCGCAUCGCCGCCCUGACCGAGGGCUUCUCCGCCGGCCUGGCGUCGCUGCGGGAGCUGCGGCUCGCCCACAACCGCCUGGCCAAGCUGGACGGCCAAAGCUUCCUGCAUCUGGACGGCCUCCAGAGGCUGAACCUGACGGGCAACGCCAUCCACGCCAUCCAGGUGAGGUCGUUCUCCUCCAUGAGCGCGCUGCGGCAGCUCCACCUGGAGGACAACCGGCUCGCGUCCCUGCGGAGCGGCGUCUUCUCCAUGCUGCGCUCGCUGGAGGUCCUCAACCUGGCCAGGAACCGCAUCGGCGAGAUGGAGGAGUCCGUGUUCAAGCCGCUGGUCAGCAUGACUCUGCUCGACCUGGCCGGCAACGAGCUGUCCACGCUCAACUUCAAGACGUUCCAGAGCGUCCACACCUACAGCACCCACAUCCUGCUGGAGGGGAACCCCUGGAACUGCGAGUGCGACAUGCAGAGGCUCUUCCGGAAGCUACGCAGCAUCCAGCGGCUCUUCCUGGAUGACUACCACAACCUGACGUGCAAGGCGCCGCCCGUCCUCGAGGACCACCGGCUGAUGGACGUGGACGCGGAGCUGUGCAUCGCCGAGACGGUCACAGUGCUCGUCAUCACCGUCACAGUGGUGAUCACCUUGCUGGCCGCCAUGCUGAUGGGCGAGAGGAAGAGGAAGAAGAAGAAGAGGGCAAGCACUGGACACAGCAGGGAGAGCUGUCGGAUGAGUCGGACUACUGAGGCGGGUCGUCGUGUCACAGUUCACUGUUUUCCUCUCCUUUUUGUUAGUGUUGUUUUGUCAGCAUUUUUCUCAUGAAACUUUUGGAAUGACAAAUAUUAGUUUUUAUGUAAAUGGUUGCGAUCAAGUUAAAGCUGUGGUCGUUUGUUGUUAAUGUCCCUGAUGUGACUCUGAGUUUGGGAAAAAAACAACAUUAAUUUGGACAUUUAAGUGUAUGUUGUGUUUGUUUGUGACAGAAAACACAUCUGCUGUUUUACAAAUAAGUCUGCAGUGCCUCCUGGUGGAGAGAACACUUUCCUGCACUGAUCAUUUCUUUUAUGACAUUUGAUUUAGUUUUCGUGAUGCACCAGACGGGCGGGGUUUAUGUCCUGGUCAAAUAUCUUUAUGAUGCUUUCCAGGAAGUUCCAUUGUCAAAACAUUAUUUGGAAUUAAUUCGUAAAGUAAAUCAUGAUAGUAGUUGUCAUGCAGUCUUACACAUUAUUAUAUUAGCCCUGUCAUAUCACUGUAGGGAAACGUCUUCGGAUAUCUCAAGGUUUUAUUUUCUUUAUGGUGAUUUAUAUUAUUUUUUUAACACUCAACCUGUGUCUGUUUGAAAUGAAUAAGUGGAGUGUUUAUGAACGUUUUCACUGGGAUCAAUGUGAGUUUCCCCUUUAAUUGACACACUGGAGAUUUUUAGACGGAGUCGCCCAGAGUCCAUGUGGCUGGCUUUACCACUGAAUACCUAACCGGAUGUCGACAAAAUAAAAGCAUGGCAGCAUUAACCUACAAAACAAAAACAAAAAUACAGGGCUCGAAUGAAUAUGUAAUUGUUAUACAAUUUAUUUCAUGAUAAUUGGUGUUAUGGUUGUGUGAUUAACUAAAUUGAGUCAAAUGAGCCGAGUGUUGUAUACUAAGUAGCGAUGAUGUGAAGAUGUAUUGAAGAGAAGUCCGCCGACACCGUCUUGAUUGUAUAUAAAGGUUUAUUACAAAAAGACCAGCAUCGAUUCAAGCCCUGCAGAGCU